AUGGCAAAUUUACAACGGCCAAGUACAUCAUGUCAAAUGCACAGGCCAUCGUUAACUGAUGAAGGUAAUCAAGUUAAGAAUAAUAAUGGAAAACCUCUAUUAUCAAGAAGUUAUACAUUCGAUACCAUACGACCCAUUAAACAACAGUCACCAACAAAAUCUAUGCGAGUUUCGACACCAGCUGUUGAUCAACAGCCAUCACCACCCUCACAACAGCAGCAACAACAAGGACAACGUUUAGGUCGAAGUUUAUUGAGUAAUGAAAAUUGGCGACAAGAAACAAUGGGUGAUGUUCGUCUUAAUGCUAAAGUUAUUGAGCAAAGUGAUCAAAAUAUUUUGUUUGGAAAAGGUAUCGAUCCAUUACCACAUGUACGUGAAAUGCUUGCUGAAUUGAGUAACACGGAAGCAUUUCUUUAUGCACGUCAAUGUCGUGUUGUUGUUGCUAAACUACGCUUAUGUUGGACUGAUGUUAAUGAAGAAAUUAAAUCAUUAUCGAAACAUAAAGAAUAUACUGAAGCAGCUAUUGACCACAUUCGUAAAGAUUUAAUUAUUAACAAAGAGAGUGUCGAUAUGCGAAAAAAGCCUAAACGAGAAUCGGAACCAGACGGUGUUGAUGAUAUACUUGCAGCUGAGAAAUACCAUUUAAAUUCUAUUAAAAAGAUUUUAGAACUUACAUGCAAAAAUGUUGCUGAUCAAAUGCAGAAACUUGAUGACGUUCGUCAACGUGUAUCAAAAAUUGGUAAAGAACGUUCAUUAGUUACAGAACUUAUAUGCCAAUGUUUAACAAGUGCAUCGAGAGCCUUUGAAUUAACACGAGCUGAAAAAUUAGAAACGGCACAAAAUCGCCGACCACCACUGACUGCACCUCCACGACCAACAUCUGCAUUAGGUUGUCGACUCGUACGUUCGAGUAAUAAUAGUGCUCGGUUAGGUUUAUCUAAUUCAAAUUUACAUACUGCUACUGGUAAACCUGAAUCAACAUUAUUAGAUGAAAAUGGUUUACCUCUUAUUGGCCAUUUACUUGCUUUUACACCUGAUGUUAUUCAAGUAUUUCAAGACGCAGCUCAAUUAAUUGAAGAAUCGCGUGAAAUAAAAAAACAAACAAUCAAUCAAAUCAAAGAAGCAUUUAAUGAUGCUAAAGCUUAUUCAUUAACUAUUAAUCAAAGCGUUGCUCAAAAACUUGCGGAUAUUAUUACAUUAGCACAACAUUUAACCAUAUCACUCGGUGAGAACAUGCUUGCUCAAAAUCGAGCUCAACGCUGGUAUGAUCUAACCAUGAGUGCACAACGAGCAAAUGCAGGUCCACUCAGUUCAUCAUAUUUGAAAAUAGCUGAACGUCUUGAUCGACCUCUCAUUCGAACGUUUCAACAACAUCCAGGAAAUCAAAUGCCUGAAGCACAAAUGAAUUCGAAAGCAACAAGAAAUCUUCAACAAUCAGCUGAUAUAUCAAAUAAACAAAUGAAAACAUUAAAAAUUGUUGGACAACGACUACAAGGAAAUUUAAUCGAUAAAGAAAUUGCAUUAGAUAUUGAUUCGCAUCUUUUGCGUCAGCGUCGUGAACGAUCAAAUCAUAAAUGGGGUGUUACGAAAUAUGUACACGUUUAA